UACUGUUUUUUCGCAUGGAAACAUUUUAAUUACGUUUCCUAUGGAAGAGGAAAAAGGGAAGAAAAGGAAAAGUUAGACUGAAGAAAGAGAGAGACAGGUUUUCCUGGAAGAAGAAAAAGGAAUAGGUAGAGAGGAUAGGAUUGAAGUGGGAGUAGAAGAAUCUUGAAAAAGGGUUGUUUGGAUGAGAAGAAAGCUUUAGAGAGAGAAAGAGAAGAAGGUUGAAGGAGGAUGGAUGAGAAUGAUAUUGAGGUACAGGGGUUUGAGAGGGAAGGAUCAGGAGCAUUGGAUACAAAGAACUCAUUGAAAGAGCCACUUCUUAAGAGUAGGAUCAAUAGUACUUCUCAACUUGCCAUUGUUGGUUCCAAGGUCUACCCCAUUGAGAGCCUUGAUUAUGAGAUUAUUGAGAAUGACCUCUUUAAGCAGGAUUGGAGAUCUAGGAAGAAAAUUCAGAUAAUCCAGUAUGUUUUCCUAAAAUGGACACUUGCUCUCCUGAUUGGGUUGUCUACAGGACUAGUUGGUUUCUUUAAUAACCUUGCUGUUGAAAAUAUAGCUGGUUUCAAACUUCUUCUCACCAACAACCUCAUGUUAAGGGAAAGGUAUUAUCAGGCAUUUGCAGCAUAUGCCACUUGCAGCCUUGUUUUGGCCUCUGCUGCAGCAGUCCUUUGUGCUUAUUUUGCCCCUGCAGCAGCGGGGUCUGGUAUACCUGAAGUGAAAGCAUACCUCAAUGGUAUUGAUGCUCAUUCUAUAUUGGCUCCAAGUACUCUAUUUGUAAAGAUUUUUGGUUCUAUUUUUGGAGUUGCUGCUGGAUUUGUUGUGGGCAAGGAAGGACCUAUGGUACAUACUGGUGCUUGCGUAGCAUCUUUGUUGGGACAAGGUGGUUCUCGCAAGUAUCACUUGACAUGGAGAUGGCUUAGAUACUUCAAAAAUGACCGAGACCGAAGGGAUUUGAUUACUUGUGGUGCUGCUGCUGGUGUAGCAGCUGCUUUCCGUGCUCCAGUUGGUGGGGUCCUUUUUGCACUUGAAGAGGCAGCUUCUUGGUGGAGGAGUGCUCUUCUUUGGAGGACAUUUUUCACAACAGCUGUAGUAGCAGUGGUGUUGAGAGCUUUCAUGGGAAUUUGCAAGGGUGGUAAAUGUGGACUAUUUGGGGAAGGAGGUUUGAUCAUGUUCGAUGUUAAUUCAGCAAACACCAUUUAUAGCACACCAGAUUUACUGGCAGUUACCUUUCUUGGAGUUGUUGGAGGCAUUUUAGGAAGCUUUUACAAUUUUCUGGUGAACAAAGUCCUCCGCUUUUAUAGCUUCAUUAAUGAGAGAGGUCCUUUAUUCAAAAUUCUUCUUGUCAUGGUUGUUUCCUUAUUGACCUCCUGUUGCUCGUAUGGCCUCCCAUGGCUUUCACAGUGCAUUCCUUGUCCCCCUCACAUGGAGGAUCAAUGCCCCACCGUAGGUCGCUCUGGAAACUACAAGAAUUUCCAAUGUCCACCUAACCAUUACAAUGACCUUGCAUCUCUCGUUUUCAAUACCAAUGACGAUGCUAUCCGCAAUCUAUUUAGCUCCGGCUCUGCAAAGGAAUUUCAUCUCUCUACUCUUUUAGUUUUCUUUGUUGAUAUCUAUUUUCUUGGAAUAAUCACUUAUGGAAUUGCUGUUCCCUCUGGUCUCUUCAUCCCUGUAAUACUUGCCGGAGCCUCUUAUGGACGCCUUCUUGGCACUCUCCUGGGUUCACUCUCCAGUCUUGACCCUGGUCUCUUUGCCCUCCUUGGUGCUGCAUCCUUUCUUGGUGGUACCAUGAGGAUGACUGUUUCUCUUUGUGUAAUACUUCUUGAGCUUACUAAUAAUUUAUUGAUGCUUCCAUUGAUGAUGCUGGUUCUCCUUAUUUCAAAAAGUGUGGCUGAUUGCUUCAACAAGGGUGUUUAUGACCAAAUUUUGGUACUGAAGGGACUACCUUAUAUGGAAGCCCAUGCAGAACCAUAUAUGAGACAGUUGGUUGCUAGUGACGUUGUUACGGGUCCACUGGUUACAUUUUCUGGGGUUGAGAAAGUGGGGAAUAUAUUUCAUGCUUUGAAGGUAACAAAGCAUAAUGGAUUCCCUGUAAUUGAUGAGCCACCCUUCUCAAAUUCCCCGGAAUUGUGUGGUCUUGUUUUGAGGUCUCAUUUACUAGUGUUGCUUAAAGGAAAGAAGUUUUCGAAACAGAAAUUGAUGACUGGGUCAGAUAUUAUGAGGAGGUUCAAAGCACAUGAUUUUGCAAAGGCAGGAUCAGGUAAGGGAAUCAAGCUCGAGGAUUUGGAUAUCACAGAAGAAGAUAUGGAGAUGUAUGUUGAUCUCCAUCCUAUUACAAAUACGUCUCCAUACACAGUAGUCGAAACAAUGUCUCUAGCUAAAGCUGCAGUACUCUUUCGGGAACUUGGCCUAAGGCACUUGUUGAUAGUGCCAAAGACAACAGAGAGGCCUCCAAUCGUUGGAAUCUUGACGCGGCACGACUUCAUGCCCGAGCAUAUUUUGAGUCUCUACCCAGACUUCCAUCAUUCUUAUAAGUAGAUACAUACCAGCUAUGAAGCUAAGCAUUUUGGCACAUUCUGGUAUUCACUUCAUAUGAGUUUUACUGUGUAAUUAUAUAUAGUUAUGAAUCUUAUUAUGGUAAUUAUCACAUAUAGAUUUAGGUUGGAGACAUAGAAGGGAUGUUACCCGAGAAAGAAACAAUAUUGAUAAGAAAAUUAUAAAUGAGUUAAAUAUAAACUUUUGUCUUC